UUCCAAUCCGUUGGCAAUGAGAAGAGCAGGGCCGGUGGACAUCAAUUAUGGCUCGUCUCCAAUCCUUACUACCGACCGCUUGUUCGGUAUCCGAGGCAAUUGCAACCUCCUAAGUCCUGCCGGUAGUGCUGAUGAGGCGGAUUUUGGUGUUGGUCGUAAUCUCGACGAAGAGAGCCGAGUUCUACCAAAUCGUGGAGCGGCAAGAGAACUUGUACAUCGACACUUUUCCACAAACGAGAUGACACAAGAAAUGGAGGUGAGGAAGUGCACCGAACCGGGUAGGUGA